AUGAAUGAGGAGGGGACUAGGUGGAAUGACUGGCUUAUCAAACAAGUCUUUAGAACUUUGGACAGUGAAGCAAUUCUCAAGAUCAGAACAUUGAAUCCCAAUUUAGAAGAUACAUGGAGCUGGAAGAUGGACAAAAAAGGCAGGUUCUCUGUAGCAGCAUCAUAUGCAUAUUUAAUGGAACAUAAAAUGUUGGCCAUGGACAUCCCAGAAGGUAGGAACAGAGAUGUGCAGGGAGAAAUGGCCAGGAGCAGAUUAUGGAAAUUGAAGCUUGUAUUGGUAGUCCUCUGUGUUUGUUUUCUGUUGGGAGGUGUACUAGCUAAGUACUUGAUGACAGUAGCUAGUUUAUUUGUUUACAGUUUUCCGUGCAAAUGGAGCAAGAACUUUGCAAAUACGUGGCAAAUGCGUUUCGUUCAGUCGGUGAGGUUUUCUGGAUUUGGUGUAUACACAGCUGAACGCGUAACGCCUGAACCUCACGGAUGCAAUUUCUGCGAUUCUCUCAGGAACAGAAUGCAUCCCCCCUUAUCGAUUCACAGGCACCCCAUGUGUGCUGAAGUUAUUGAAGAGUUCCAGAAGUGCCAUAUUGACCAUCCUCUUGGGAAGUUUUUUGGCCAUUGCACAAGUUUAAAAAUUAAGCUUGAUAGGUGUUUCCGUGAAGAAAAAGCUCUUAAGCGGAAGGCGAAUUUUGAAGCGAGCAAGAAGUUGAAAGAGAGAUUGAAGGCACAGAGGAAGGAGAAUCUUGUGCUGGGAGAUGGAAAUAAUUUUGCCCAAGCAUGA